AUGGAUUUAAACGGGACGUUACAUGAAACUACAACAUUGAAGUACGAUAAUACUACGCUGUCGACGUCAUGGAGUCCGGAAAUAUCGAACUAUUCCAACCACAGUUUCAUAUCACUGACAGUGAGUAGUAUACGUUACAAUGAAAGAUCGCCGUCCUCAACAAUUCCGCUUACACUGACGGCAAUAGCUGGUGCUGUUUUAAGUCUAGCUAUAAUUGUUGAAAAUCUCAUUGUUAUAUUACUCUUCGCAAAAGUUAGAGAUCUUCGGAAGCUAUCCAAUUUACUCAUUCUCAAUCUAGCCGUUUCGGAUUUAUUUGUUGGCGCGAUAUCAACUCCCGUUUUUACUAUGUACAAUAUAAUGGGAAAGUGGCCGUUUAGUCGUUUAGUGUGUGAUAUAUGGCUCGCCCUUGAUUAUAAUAUUUGCAGUGUUUCGUUAUUCGCCAUAUUGGCUAUAACUGUGGAUCGAUACAUUGCAUUAGUUGAUCCAAUACGACAUUUAACUCGGAUCAACAAACGACAAAUUUGGACAACAAUAUGUCUGACAUGGAUAGUAGCAUUUCUGAUAGACGGGCUACCUAACUUUCUGUUGCAUCGGUUCAAACGUGACCACAAUACUUCAGAGGAAGAGUGUGUAAUUGCAUAUUUCGACGUUACAUGGUUCAUACUGUCGCAAACUAUUUUAGGAUAUUGGAUUCCAUUAUUCGUUGUAUUCGCACUGUAUAUCAAAAUAUAUCGAGUAGCCACGAGAACCGCACGAAAUAGAGGAAGACGCAAACGCACAUUUAUUUUUCGAAACAACGCUGGCAAAAGAGCCAUUGAGAGGGAGCAGCAUGGGCCACGAGAACCCGCACGAAAUAGAGGAAGACGCAAACGCACAUUUAUUUUUCGAAACAACGCUGGCAAAAGAGCCAUUGAGAGGGAGCAGCAUGGGGUACAAUGCCUGGGUAUUAAAUACAUUAAUCCAAGUGACACGCCUAUAAUCAACGAAGCAGCGAGAAAUCCAAUAAUCAAGGAACCGAGUAUAGCUAAAUUACGCCCUGCACAUACCAACAAUGACAAUGACAACACUUGUGCAACGUCUAUGAAUUCAGAUAACGCCGAUGAAAAUCUGACCGUCAAGGAGAGGUUACACAUGAAAGGUUGCGACGAGCACUCAACGACCAGGUCGGAACCUAAUAGCAUGUCGUUAAAUGAACAUAGUGAUGUGACACACCACGAUGUAACAGACACUGCCGCCGUGGAAGUAGGAAUAUCAGACUGCAGUGACCUAAAUUAUGCUUCUGGCAGUGAAGUUAGAGUUAUGAAUUUAGCAUUUUCAAAGGAUGGGGAUGACUUUGAAACAGUGAAGCCAAAUAACGAUAAAAAUAGUGAACACAAUGAACGGGCCUGUGUUUCCAAGGGCGAUAUAGGUAAUUCUGAAGUUCAAGGUUUAUCGAUUUGCAAUUUUGAAAAUAAUAUCCCCGAUAAAUCGAAAAUAAGUGGCGUAACGUCAAGUCACGUACGCGGAUCGGAGAACGCACCAAUGGAUGAUACUUUGAUGUCACCUGGUCAACAAACAAACUCUUCAAAGGCGCACGUCAGAACACCUGAGAUAGAGGUAGUCAAUAACCACACAUCGCUCGUCACGAAUAAUACUGAAAUUAAAUCCGCGGCAGAGCCAGUUAAUCGAUACUCCAAGUCGGACAAAACACUGCCUUCUGUUGAUGACGAACAUUCGAAAAUUAGUUCAAAUAUUGCAAGCACGAUGACAGAAAGAAGAUCUAGCACCACACCGAGUGACAGUAAAACAUUCCUCACCGUCACUGCAUUACUAGCAGCGUUGGUCUGCUGCUGGAUGCCGUAUUAUAUAGUUGCCAUGGUGAUCACCUUCUGUCCAAAAUGCAUUCACCCAGAUGUGUUUAAAUUAGUUUACUUGAUUUACUACACAAACAGUGCAAUUAAUCCUAUUUGUUACGCACUUGCUAAUCCAAAGUUUCGAAAAGCGCUUAAGAGACUCCUUUUCAAAUGUAAACUAGUUUGA